AUGUUACCUUAAUUGCUUAUUCUGGAUAAUUGUGAUAGAGAAGGAAAUGAAGUUGAAUAUGAUGAUGAAUAAGAAGAUGAAGAAGAAGGAGAAAAUGAAGAAGAAGAAGAUGAAGAAGAUGAAGAAGAAAACGAAGAAGAAGAAGAUGAAGAUGAAGAAGAUGAAGAUGAAGAAGAAGAUGAAGAUGAAGAAGAAAAUUAAAAUG